AUUGAAAUUUCUUUCAGUCAACUCUGAAAUUUCCAACGCGCCUGACUGAUUCGCUCAACGCGCGAAGAAACCCUCGUGUGUUCACGUCUGUUUGGCUUCUAAACUAACUAAAGUGUCGCGUGUGUUUUUGGGAAGUGAAUUUUUCGUUGCUUCUUUUUGAAAAAGUAUUAGAUAAUAUUUUUGCAAACAGCAAAAAGGAUUUCGUGCAAUCUGCAGGCCAGUUAACGGUCAUGAAGUUAUUGGACGUUAUUGUUUACCUCAUUUCGAUUUUAAUCUUUCUAUACAUUCUUUUGGAAUAAAGUGUGUGGGAAGAAGAAGAAAAUAAAUUUUAAAAAAUACAGUAUUUGGAUACAUCAGCUCAACUGUAUAAAAAUUAGAAAACAAAAUGAAGCUCCUCGCAACAGUUUGCAUACUCGCCACCGUUCUGGUGAUCGGCAAUGGCGAGCCACCCAUCGGCAAACGUCAUUUGGGCUACCCAGUGUGGGCCGGCAAGAGCGCCAAGCAAAUUGCCUUGAAUCGCAACAAAGCCGCGCUUGCUGGCGCCAAACAACGCACGCUCGUCGUACAAAUCCGUAGCGAUCAGCCUGUGCCGCUCGUACUGAAGGGAGGACGCAACUCACAGCAGCUACGCCACGGACCGAAUCAUUUGCGUGGUGUGCGUCCCGUUAAACUAACCGGUCCGGUUUAUUUGAAAUCCCCACAGCUCGGACACAAACAUCUGCAGCGCAAACCGUUGAAGAUCAAAUUGGCGAACAGUAAGCCGAAGCAUAAGCCAGCGACUAGCUACGAAGUGCCAUUCCGCUUUGAAGUGCCUGCAACAAAUACGAUCCAAUACCCACCGUUGGGCAAUGAUGUGCAGCAAUUGCCGACGGAGACACACAGCGAUUUCAUCACCGAGCAUGAACAUGAAUACGAUCACUUUGCACCCAUUCACACAAUACCCGCACCUAAUCUCUCCCUGCCUGAAAAUCAUCCCCAGGAAUCAUAUUUACCGCCAAAAAUACAAACAUCACAAACCUACCACCAGACCCACACCAAUCAUAACAACAUCGAGAAUCAGUAUCAGGUGACCGAAGAGCACACCAAUGAUCAAACAAUACGUGACCCACUCUCUGGCUCUCAGAAACUCUUCGCACCCGAUCCAGAUCCAUCACUACCAGUCGCACAAUUGCGCCCUGCCACGGAGCCCUUCAAUCAGCCCAGCAACGGCAAACCACUGCCGCUCGAUGUGCAAUCCAAUUUCCUUGUACCCGCCCAGCCAUUGGUGCAGAUAAUCGGUGCCCAAGAGGUGGCCACACCCGAAAUCUAUCCCAUACAAUACACCCAGCAGGCGCAACUGCAACCGCUUGUGAGCGCCAAUGUAGCGGCCGUGCACACCGCCUACGAUCCAACCUAUCUGGUCACACAGUCCAACCAGUUGUACACACAACACCAGCAACAGCUGUUCCAGCCCAGCGUCUUACACGGCGCUUAUGUGAACGCCGACCUCACACAGGAAAUCGCCAGUGAUGGUCAAAUCUUGCAGGCAGCCAAAGAUCCACAUCACAGCAUCCAUCCUGUGUUGGAUAGCGCACCACAGUUCGCCGCACUCAUCGCUGCACCAGUCUUGGGUGAGCAGCACGCUGCCGGGCACUACAAUUUGCAGCCCCAGGCCGCUGCUUUGACAGCCACAUCGGCGUCGCCUGAGGGCGGUUUUGUUGUGUCCAAUUAUUAUGACAAUGUUGGACCGGACAAUUCUCAGCUGCUGCAAGCGUACGCCGAGGAAGAGGCGCAACGUUUAGAAAUUGAAGCGGAACAAGAGAAGCAGCAAUAUGUGUUACAGCAACAGCAACAGCAUUUGUUGGCACUGCAGCAGCAACAGCAACAACAUCAACAACUACAACAACAACAAGAACUGCAGCAGCAGCAACAGUUGCAUCAACAACUGCAAGACCAGCAAUUGCAACAGCAAUUACAAGAACAACAGUUGCAACAACAAUUACAAGAACAACAGUUGCACCAACAGCUUCAAGAUCAUCAGCUGCAUCAACAGCAAUUGCAACAACAGCAGCAACGACAACAACAACAGAGCCAUCAUCAACAACAAUCGCUAGAUCCGGCCGCAGCCGCAUUCCACGAACACCAACGUUUGGUUCAACAGCAACUUGGCGCCGACACUCCACUACGGAUAUUCGUACCCGACGACGAAGCUGCGGGCGAAGCGCGUCUGCAAAAGCGUUCCGAUAUGGUCAAAAAGGGGACUGUCGUGGAUGCGAGCCCAUCAAACGACAACACAACAGCCGACGACGAUCUGUUCGAGGUAUCUUCAUCCGUUGAAGUGUCUAAUGAGAACCAAAAAGAUGAACACACGACUGACAAUGAGUGAUUGAAACUGAUGAGAUGCAGCGCGAACUUGUUGGAGAUUUAACAAAAACAAAUACAAUUAACGAAUAUAUGUAAAAAUCAUAUGUUUUUUAUAGUUUAGUAUAUUAAAUUAUUUAUUUAUUUUAUAUUUA